AUGUUUUUAAAUAAGUCCAAUCUUUCCAUACAUCAGAGAUCUCACACGGGGAUCAAGCCGUAUUCCUGUUCUGAGUGCGGGAAAUGUUUUGUAAUAAAAUCACAUCUUGUCCAGCAUCAGAGAUCUCACACUGGAGAAAGCCAUUAUUCCUGUCCUGAGUGUGGGAAAUGUUUUUCACGAAAGUCCAUUCUUUAUAAACAUCAGAGAUCUCACACAGGGGGAAAAACCAUAUUUGCUGUCAUGAGUAUGGGAAAUUUUUUCAUGGAAUUCCAGUCUAUAGACACAAUCAGAGACUGCACACAGGGGAGAAGCCGUAUUCCUGUU